CUCUUUUCAACUUGGCAGAAAGAAUUCCAAAUGAUAAGACAAAUCCACCUGCACUCUCUCUGCUCUGCGCAGAGCGAGAGAAGAGAGAAAGCUGAGAGCUCGCCAUGAGCUUCGCAUUAAGCUCUCGAGUCCUUCCCGUCCACGCCCGCUUUCUCCCCUCUCUCCCCCCAUCUCGACCCAGAAAGCCUCCCUCCAUCGCUUGCUUUCACAAGCCUUCACAGAUUGAUAAUAAUGCUGCUGCUCCAAACCAGACACCGGCGAGGAUCGUCCGGGAUUGCUCGGACAAAAUUGGCCAGCAAAAACCUGCCUUGGCAAUCCAAGUCGGAGCAUUUCUGGCCACUGCUUUUGAGCAGCCUGCGAUUGCGGUGACUGGCGUGAACUAUGAGGAAGAUUUCACUUGGGUUCUGAUACAGCUCGGGAUUGUCGCCUUUUGGUACUUCCUCAUCAUGCCGCCAAUCAUUAUGAACUGGCUGAGGAUAAGGUGGUACAAGAGGAACGUGUUUGAGAUGUAUUUUCAGUUCAUGUUCGUCUUCAUGUUCUUCCCCGGGGUUCUGCUCUGGGCACCGUUCCUGAACUUCAGAAAGUUCCCGCGAGAUCCAUCACUGAAGUAUCCAUGGUCGACUCCUGAAGAUCCUUCUCUAGUCAAGAAUUCAUAUCGCAAGUACCCUUUUGCUCAGCCUGAAGAUUACGAAUGAGACUAUUACAUAUCCAAUACAGCUUCACCGUAUUUGUAAAGAAUCAAUGGCUACUAAAAAAUGUACCUUUGCUUGGACCAAAAAAAAAUGUACCUUUGCAAAGCUUCUUAUUAAA